GCAGUGCUCUGUAAGUAGUCCAAGGUUCAGGGGAGCUUGAACCUACAGGACAAGAACGAUCAUGACAGAUUAUAUCUUCUAUCCUUUCGGUUAUCAUCCUUUCGAUGCAACCUCGCAGAGGAAUAUGGGUCUACUCAGCUCGGCUACAGCCACGCAAGAUACGUGGAUCUAUUAUGUGUUUGCAUACUUCAAGUUUUCUAUUAUGAUUUGUUUAAUAUAAAAGUAACAAUUAUAGUUCAUACGAUAUAUCGUUGAUAGUCAAUCUAGAAAGAAAUUCG